AUGGAGUCAAGUGAGGAUGUGGAGGUUCUGAGCAGAGCCAUCGAGAAACUUCUUGGUGAGAAGAGGAAGAGAGAAGCAGCUGGUGACUCCUUCAUCGAAGACGACGACGAUCAGCUUCUCCUCACUAGGCUUAUAUCCCAGCUGGAAUUACCGAACCCAAUCCAAAAGACACUUGUGAUUGCCAAAGAAGAAGAAGAAGAACCAUCGCCAGAUUCUUCACCAUCCAAAGGAAAACACGAGGGCAGUAAACAAUUGGAAGAGAGUAUAGAAGAGAUGGCUAAAGACAUCAAGGAGGUGAAGAGGCAGAACAAAGUAACCCACAUUCUGCUCUCUGCUUUGAUCAUCCUGACGUUGACUUGGCAGCUAUCUGAGUACUCAAUGAUCUACAUGAUGAAAGAGAGAUUAACCCACCCAAUCAGAUCCAUUGGAGGUAUGCUCUCGGGGAUGUUCAAAGGUAAGUUAGGUCCAAUCAAGAGCAGACUUCCAGGGACUUCCAAGGACAAAGAUGAAAACAACCUUAAUAAUGGGAAUGGAACAAACAGUGGAGUUCAUAUCCAAGUGCCCGAGCUAUUGCGAGAAUUCGGUUUCGACGAUGAUGACGAAAGAUAG